AUGGCUGGCGCGGCCCGGCAGGCUCGCGGCGGCGCGGCUCUCCCCCGCCGGCGGCGCGGCAUGGCCGACCGCGGCCAGGGCGGGCCGGAGGAGCGGGGCGCCCGGCGGCCGAGCAAGGCGUGCGUGGGGGCAGCCCAAGGGCACGUGCGGGGCAGGGGCGGCGGCGGCGCGCGGCGGCGCGGCCACUUCGGCCAGCGCAGGGCCAGGCGGCGGCGGUGUGGGGCGGGGCGAGCACCAGCGCGGUCGGGCGGUGCCGUCGCGCGCGGUGGCGCGGCCCUGUGCCGCGCGGGCACUGCUCGCGGCGUGCGGCGGCAGGAGCAGGGUGGGCCGAUGGUGGCGCGGCAGCGUUCUGGCGCCGGUAGCGCAAGAACAUGA